GAUCUCUCUCACUAGACCCAGACCUCCUUAAGAGUGGGCUGAAUUACAUUUGUCCCCAAGGCCUGGAACAUUUUAAGUACUCAUGAACGUUUGGUGAGUGGGUGAAUCUCUCACAUGCUGUGUACUAGUACCAUAGUCGUGAGGUCAGGGCUCUUGGAGAUAAAGGAGAAACUCCAAGAGAGCCAAGCUCCUCUUGGUAGCAGACCAGAGCCUGAAGGCUAAGCCGGAGAUUACACUGAGAAGCACAUCUAAGCAAGGGAGGAAGAAAGAGGUGAAGGGAUCCAGGCCAGAAGAAAGGUGCUUCAGAGACAACAGCCAAGGAUCAUCCUAUAGCUCCCCAUCCUCCAAACAAAAAGUAAAAACCUCUCUCUGCCACUCAGCAGAAGCUCGGUGCAGAGCACUCAGCAAUUCCAGCCUAAGAACAUCUGCAUUGCAAGACCAAGAAUGCCUGUUUGGCCUUGGCACAUGGAGGGUAUUUGCAAACCUUCACAAUUCCUCAAUGCAGGGAGCAGAAGAAGCCCUCCAGCUCUGUGAAAAUCACUCUCGCUUCCCCCCUCAAGUAGAAUGACAGUUCAUGACUGCAGCCAUGCACCUGCCCCACUGAACAGGACCGGCAUAGUCCUGAAAAUCUAGGGACAAGGGAAUCACUUGUUUACCCUAUAAGUGCAAAGCUAAAGGGGAACUCCAGAGAAUCAAGUACAAGUUCUCAGGUAGUCCCGAGAGGGUGACCGCUGAGUUUCAUACAGGCAAAUAUAAGGUAAUCUUACCCAGAGGGGCAAAAGUCCGAACUCACUGAGAGUAAAACGAUGACAGCAGAAAUAACAGCUAAUCUUAUUUGCUGAGUGCCAAAGCACUUUUUAUAGAUUAUCUCAUUUAAUUCUCACAACUGCCCUAUAAGGUAAGUUCUAUCAUCAUAUCCAUAAUUUGCCAGUGAUCGCAUAUGCGGUAGGCAGUGGCUGAGUGAGGAUUCACGCCUGGGCAGUUUAACUUGGAAACCAUGCUGCUGAAGCAUCCAUCCAUCCAUGCGUCCAUCCACCCAACAAUUAUGUGGAAUCCCUACUACCUUCCAGAUGCUAAGAUACAGCUGUGAACAAUGCAAAUACAAAUACACGUCUUCAUGAAGCUCACCUUCUAGUUGGGGAGAGAGACGGGAAGCCAGAUCAAGAAAUAAAACAAACUAGGUUAGAGAGUGGUCAGUGUUAAGGAGAAAACUAGAGUAGGGACGAAAGAUAAGUGUGUGCCUUGGGGGUCAAUUCUGAUUAGGGUGAUCAGGCAAAGUCUCAUUAAGAAGGUGACACCGAAUAAAGAUCUGAGGAAGUGAGGGAGCAAACCAUGCAGAUAUCUGAAGCAAGAGCAUGGUAGGUAGAGGAGACAGCAUAGACAAAGGCCCUGAGGAAGGAGCAUGGGUGGCACGUUCUAGAAAUAGCAAGGAGUCCAACAUGACUUGAGCAGAUGGAUCAAGGAACAGAGCAGGAGGAGAUGAGAUCGGAGUAGAUUCUCUACUGAUGAAGGAGAAGCCGUAUGAAAUACUCUUAAAGGUUUGGGACCUCAGACUACACGCAAGCUCUACAUGGAAUUUGACUCUUCGUUCACCCCAGUCCCUCACCCAGAACCAGAGUCCAGUCACUUAACUGCAGAGAAAAGGCUGAGGGUCCAAAGACGGCAAACUGUGGGUGACCGCGCCUGCGGGGGACUUUGCCAUCCGUCGUUCAGGACCUGGGGAGGAAGAGCCAGCCGCUCCCCAUCCCCUCCCCCACCAUUUCGGAUACCCCCCAGGGACGCGUUUUUGGGUUCCCACUGACUUCCAGGAAGGACGCGUGCCCCUCUUUGACUCCAGCUCGGGCGGCCACCUGUCUUUGCCGCGGUGACCUUUCUCCCAUGACCCUGCGGUGCCUCGAGCCCUCCGGGAAUGGCGCGGAAGGGACACGGAGCCAGUGGGGGACCGCAGGGUCGGCGGAGGAGCCGUCCCCGGAGGCGGCGCGUCUGGCGAAGGCCCUGCGGGAGCUCAGUCAAACAGGUUGGUACUGGGGAAGUAUGACUGUUAAUGAAGCCAAAGAGAAAUUAAAAGAGGCACCAGAAGGAACUUUCUUGAUUAGAGAUAGUUCGCAUUCAGACUACCUACUAACAAUCUCUGUUAAAACGUCCGCUGGACCGACUAACCUGCGAAUCGAAUACCAAGAUGGGAAGUUCAGAUUGGACUCUAUCAUAUGUGUCAAGUCCAAGCUUAAACAGUUUGACAGUGUGGUUCAUCUGAUCGACUACUACGUUCAGAUGUGCAAGGAUAAGCGAACGGGCCCAGAAGCCCCCCGGAACGGCACUGUUCACCUUUAUCUGACCAAACCGCUCUACACGUCCGCGCCGCCUCUGCAGCAUCUCUGCAGACUCACCAUUAACAAAUGCACCGGUACCAUCUGGGGACUGCCUUUACCAACAAGACUAAAAGAUUACUUGGAAGAAUAUAAAUUCCAGGAGGAAAUGGAUGCUAGAGACAAGCAAGUGCUUCGCUCCCAUCGCCUGGAGCUGGGUGCCGAGGUACUGGUGGAGGGACUGGUUCUUCAGUAUCUUUACCAGGAAGGGGUCUUGACGGAAAACCAUGUUCAAGAAAUCAAAGCUCAAGCCACAGGCCUCCGGAAAACAAUGCUGUUGCUGGAUAUCCUACCUUCCAGAGGCCCCAAAGCAUUCGAUGCAUUCCUAGAUUCCCUGCAGGAGUUUCCCUGGGUAAGGGAGAAGCUGGAGAAGGCAAGGGAAGAAGCUGUAGUUGAGCUGCCUGCAGAUGACCGGAUGACUGGAAUCCCGCCGCACGUCCUCAACAGCUCCCCGUCGGACCGGCAGAUUAACCAGCUGGCCCAGAGGCUGGGCCCUGAGUGGGAGCCCGUGGUGCUGUCUCUGGGACUGUCACAGACGGACAUCUACCGCUGUAAGGCCAACCACCCCCACAACGUGCAGUCGCAGAUGGUGGAGGCCUUCGUCCGCUGGAGGCAGCGCUACGGGAAGCAGGCCACCUUCCGGAGCUUGCACGGGGCCCUCCAAGCCGUGGAGGUGGACCCUUCCGUGCUCCGGUACAUGUUGGAAUGAUGGUGCCUCCGUGGAUCCACUGGGGUGUGCCUCCCCGAGUCCGGUGUGCCGAAUUCUGCCUUUCACCGGGGCAGGUAGUUUCGGGGGAGGGGAGUUUGCGCUUUUCUUUUUAAUGAUUCUUAAAUGAAAGGAGAAAAUAGGAUUUCCACUUGACAUUACUUGAAAGACCACAUUUCUCAGUAGAUCUCCUACAUUGGCUUGACAACUCGUUGUUUUUAAUUGCUCGAAGAUUGCAUUAUUUUAAUUGUGCCGAUUUUAAUUGUGUGGUUGCCUUUUAAUAGACUGAUAAAUCAUAGUGGCUCAAAAAAAAGUUCCGUGUUAUCACAUUACAUGCAGGUGUCCUAUAUAUAAAACAUCCACUUUUAGGUUUCCUGGGAAUUGAACUGUAGACUUUGCUAUUAAUAAUGAUGAUGAUAAUAAACGGUGAAUUACUAUAUAUAAUGUGGCCCUUUCAUGAGAAAGUAUUGUUUGUUUGUUUUUUCUCAUUUUUGUAUGGCACAGAUUAAGGGUGUAAAAUUACAGUAGUCAUUUCUUGGGAACAGAAUUGAUAGUCACAGCGAAAUGGUUACUUUCUCCAGUUAAGAGAAUAGCACAGGCAGGGUGUCUGCAUUAAAUUUAAGAUACUAAAGCUUCCUACAAAGGCCAGUUCAAGUACCAGCAUGCAUACCUGAGCCCUUCAUCUUUAAAAGAUUGCUGAAGAAAAUCCUGUGUUUGUAUAAAGGAUUUACUCGGGGACAAAAGGGGGCGUGGUCUUUCUGCUGGAACCUCGAUGACUGAGGUAUGUGCUCCUAAGAAUUAUGAUUUAGUCUCCUGUCUUUGUGUUAAGAGCACAUGGUAUUUGUCAAAUGCUUUACUGUUUUCAAGGCUUUCCAUAUAAGUGAUCUCAUCUGGACCUCACAAAAGUCCUAUAAAGUAGUUGGGCCAGAGAGGUGAGCCUCCUUCUGUGGAGAGGUUAAGUAAUUUGCUUGGGGCGAAUGAGCCAGAACGUGUGUCUUGGGCGCACUGCUCCUGUGUGUGCUUUCCAAUGCUCCAUGCUGCUUCCCUUCCUCUCUCUUCCGUGCUCGUGCCAGAAGCUCGAGUCCUGCUCUUCUCCUGCGGGCAGCAUCCCCUCGGACGAGUUACUUCACUUCUCUAAGCCUCAGUUUCCUCAUUUGUAGAAUGAGGAAAUGAUUGUCCCCACCGCCAAGAUUGUUGAUGACUAAGGGAGGAACCUCUGCCAAGGGCCUCCUAGUGCCUAGCCCGUGCUCAGCUCUUGGGAAAUGGCAGCUGUAAAUUUGCUGCGGCUGCUGAACGUGGAUGCAGUUCACAGACACAGCUGAGGAGUGGCUGAAGCUGAGGCGCUGUAGGAGGAGGUGCUGUUACCAGGUUACCUGCUACACUUAAACGUGAUGCGAUUUAUUAGCUCUGCAAUGGGUCCAAUCAAGAGGGGCAGGUGAACAUUCCCAAUCUAUGAUCUGUCUGUCUGCAUAAUUGGAGAGUCUAUUUCCUAAUCCUAACCUAACUCAGGAUUUCUCAAAGGGAAAGAGUUAUGCUUUUUACCUCUCUCCAUUCCGAGGAGAAGUAUAUAGAGUGGUAGCGUUGAACAUGAAGUGGGUGCUCAAAAAGAUGACAGUGGUGUGUUGACAACAUCCUUUCAGAUGUCUGGUAACCAUAUUCCCUUUACUGAAAAAGAUCAGUUAUUUCAUGGUUCAGCAAACCGUUCAGAAGGAUGGUCUACUGGCCUCAUCUGUUCUAAUUUUCCAUUUUGCAGCCCAGCCAUUAAUUCCUUAUCCUGUAAAGUUCUCAUAUUUUUGGCCCUAUCACUGUGCCCAGUGACAGACUGUACUUCUACAGCAUCUUCAAUAAACUGCCUGUCAUUUUGAACCUUGGACUUGUCACAUUGCUAUUCAUCCCCCUGGGUUUGCUAACAGACAGUUGCUUUGGCUUUUGUUCUCGUUUAUGGAUGAGUGAGUGUAGCUGGGCUCUGCUGCGUCUGACUAGGUGGCAUUAGAAGUGGGUCUGAUGAUUAGCUGGGUCAUCUUCCCGCCAUUUGGAAGGAAUCGGUCAUGCACGAAGAGACUUCUGUGCUCUGUCAGCAGUGAAGGACAAUUCGUGACAAACUGGCCCAUGAUGGGCUGCGGGGGCCGUUAGAGAGCUCUGACUUGCCACCCUUAAUGAGCAGGGUGUCUCCACCAUCAAAUGGCAGCCGCACCUGCUUGGACCCGCUCACAUCCUUACAGAAGAUUUGCAGAACGGAAGAACAGGGCAUCCAAAUCACUGCCUCAUUGCUACCUCUGGCUGUGAAGAGUGAUGCUACCUGGCAUCUGCCUCCCUCCCGAGAGAAUCUGCCGGGUGAUGUGCUUGCAAGGAGUCCGUGUGUUUUUGCAUGGGAGAAGAUUCCAGAGAUUGCCUACCUCCAAUAAAAUUCUGAAUCAGUGCAACGAGAUGGCAUUUGCAAGCAGUGACGAAAAACAAAAAGGAUAAACAGUCUUGCUCCACUUUGGUUUGGGGUGUGUGUGUGUGUGUGUGUGCAUUCAUGCACAUGCAUAGAUAAGAACCCUAACUUUUUAAAAACUAUAACUUUUAUUAAAUUUUAUCAGUACAACAAUAGUACAUGUUUGUUAUAGCAGUUUGAAAAAAAUCCUAAUAAGAAGAAAAAAAUAAGAAGUCCCCCUAUUGCAAUUUUUUAAAGAUAAUCACUGGUGCACCCCAGUUUUGGUCUCUGUCGUCCAGUUACUUUCCUCUGGCUGCAUAUUCUCUUCGUAACAAAAGUGGGAUUGUAUCAUGCACGCUGUUUUACAAUUGGCUUCUUUUAUUUAACAUGUAACUAUCUUUCUAUGUCAUUAAAUAUUUUUCUAUACCA